AUGAGUUGCCUUGCUUGGAAUGCACGAGGGUUGGGAAGCUCUUGUGCAUUCCAUGAGUUUCGGCGAUUGCUUGCCGGUUAUUCCCCGAGCAUUGUUUUUGUCUGCGAAACAAAGCUCGUGACCUCCAAAUGCAGAUUAUGGAGAACACAACUUGGAUAUGAGGGCAUCUUUGUGGUGGAUGCGGUGGGCUGCAAGGGUGGAUUGGCGCUUCUGUGGAAGGAACAAACUGACGUUCGAAUCGUGUCAUAUUCUCCGGGGCAUAUUGACUGCUAUGUGACCACGGGAGGAAAAAGUUGGCGAUUCACGGGGUUCUAUGGCCACCCCAAGAGCAGCCAGAGAAAGUUUUCUUGGGAGCUUCUUAAAAGAUUGAGCGAUUUGAUGCCGAUGGAAGAUUUGCCAUGGCUUGUUGGGGGGGAUUUCAACGAAAUCCUGCGUGACUCUGAUAAAAUUGGUGGUAAGACACGACCAUACUCUCUAAUGGAAGCGUUCCGUAGCACCAUCUACUACUGUCGCCUCCAUGAAAUUGCCAAACCUGACUGUGGCUAUACGUGGACGAACAAGCGGAAGGAUGAACCUAUUUUUGAACGACUUGAUAGGUUUCUUGGAAAUGCAACAUGGAAUACAACUUAUACCAAUUCCGCUUAUCAAGCCUUGGACUUUUUUAGGUCCGACCAUCGCCCAAUUCUUUGCCGUCUUGAGUCCACAGAUCGUAAUAUCACCAACUUUGGCAAAGGGCGUUUUCAUUUCGAGGAUAAAUGGUUCUUUGAUAAAAAAUUUACCCCAGAUUUUGUUUGUGAAUGGUCCUCUAACCAUUAUAUUUCAGACCUUCCUGGCAGACUUAACAGAUGUAAAGAAUUCUUGGAACAAUGGGCGAAGGAGAGAUUUCAGAAGAUGGAUAAGAAAGUUGUGAAAUUGCGUAAAGAGAGGCAGUUGCUCAUGCGAAAUCUGGGAGGAAAGUCCACACCCCAGCAGAUUUUGGAGAUCUCAAAUCAAAUUGAAAAGUUGGUGGAAGCUCAAACAUGCCAUUGGAAACAACGUGCACGGGUUAAUUGGCUUGCUUAUGGGGACAGAAACUCGGGUGCCUUCCAUUCCCAAGCAUCGAAGAGGAGGAAGAAAAACGCCAUUGAGAGGCUGCAUGAUGAGCAUGGGCAGGUCAAGGAAGAAGAGAAAGAUAAGGCGUUGAUCAUCACAGAUUACUUCCAGAAACUUUUCAGUUCAAGCAGGCCCAAUAUGGAGGAUAUUUUUGAAGUUGUUAGCAAGAUUGAGGAAAGACUCACUUGCGAUGAAGUGGCUGCACUCGAGAAGCCUUAUGAGAGGGACGAAAUUAGACGGGCCGUUUUUGAUAUGCAUCCUACAAAAGCAUCGGGACCGGAUGGAUUUAAUGCCCGUUUCUUCCAACGUUUUUGGCCGGCGGUGGGCGACCAUGUGACUCAAAGUGUCAUGGCUGUUCUUAAUGGGCGAGAUGAUGUGGAGGAAUGGAACCAUACACUUAUUUGCCUUAUCCCGAAGAUUGACAAACCGGAGAAGGUGGCUGACUUCCGACCAUUGAGUAUGUGCAACACUACGUACAAGAUUGUGUCUAAGGUGUUGGUGAAUCGCAUGCGGCCUAUUUUGGGAAGGGUGAUUGAUGAAGCUCAAAGUGCUUUUAUUAAAGGGAGACUUAUAACGGAUAAUAUUUUGAUUAGCUUCGAGUGUCAACAUUGGAUACGAAGCAGAAAGAAAGGUAGGAAGGGGUAUGCUGCGCUCAAGCUCAACAUGAGUAAGGCGUACGACAGAAUUGAAUGGGACUACCUUGAAGCGAUUCUGAGGAAGCUGGGAUUUCCGGACAGACUUUGCACACUUAUCAUGAGGUGUGUACGAACUGUUUCAUUUUCUUUCCUGCUGAACCGUACUGUUUAUGGGGUUUUCAAACCAUCGAGAGGUUUGAGGCAGGGUGAUCCGCUCUCACCUUUCCUCUUCGUGAUCUGUGCUCAAGGCUUUUCCUCACUACUCAAGCACUAUGAGAGGAGAAACAUGAUUAGCGGAGUUCCGAUCAUCCCAAGCCCGAACACCUCAGCUGGCUUUGAGAGAGAGGUUAUGGAUGUAUUGGCUGUGAAAUCAGGAGAGGGUAUCCAACGCUACCUUGGGUUGCCUUCGUUUUCUCUAAGGAAUAAACGCCUCCAAUUUGGCUACUUGCUUGACCGUGUAGAGAAGAAGCUUGCCGGAUGGAGCCAACGGGAUUUCUCAGCUGGGGGAAAGGAGGUUCUGAUUAAAGCCGUUGUUCAAGCGGUUCCGACAUAUGCGAUGCAAUGUUUUCGAAUACCUGAUGCAAUUUGUGACGGAAUUCAUAGGCUUUGUGCGGGUUUCUGGUGGGGUGAUAAGGAGGAUAAAAGAAGGAUGCAUUGGGCUCGAUGGGAAAGACUCUGCCGACCGAAAGACAAAGGCGGAAUGGAGUUUAGAAACCUUAAAAACUUCAACAAGGCGUUGUUGGCAAAACAAAUCUGGCGUAUGAUUAAUAAUCCUUCUUCGCUUAUCGCGAGGGUUUUUAAGGCUAGAUAUUUCAGUAAUCGAACAAUCAUGCAGGCUAAGGUUCCUUCCAACUCUUCCUUUAUCUGGCGGUCGCUUGCGUGGAGCCGGUCUGUUGUGGACGCAGGUUGUAUCUGGAAGGUCGGGAAUGGCAUGAAUAUUAGUGUGAUGAAUGAUAUUUGGGUGAAGGACCUUCAUGGUGCUAGAAUCAAAGGCAGAGAUGAAGAUAGCUUGAAUGGAAUGAUGGUUGCUGAUUUCAUUAAUGAUGAGAAUGACUGGAAGGUGGAAAUGCUGGAAAAACACUUACAGCCGAAUGAGAUUGAAGGUGUCUUGCGAACCCCAAUUCUGGAACAUGGAGAAGAUGAUCGGAUCAGCUGGAAGUUUGACCAUCAUGGGAGGUUUUCUGUCAAGUCGGCAUAUUUGCUUGAUAUGGAUUAUUAUUCCCCUCACCCUUACUCAAGUGGGGAAGAUAAGAACAUAUGGAGUAGACUUAUUUGGAGCAACUCCUUACCACCGAAGGUUAAGGUUUUUAUUUGGAGAGCCUUCUCGAACUUAAUACCUACAGAAGCAAAUCUUCGAGCACACCAUGUGCCUUCUGAUGGCAUUUGCUGCAUUUGUGUGGAUAGAUGGGGAUCCACUGAGCAUGCUUUGAUUUUCUGCCCGAUGGUGCGGGAAAGCUGGAAAUACUCUCGAUUCUGGAAUACUCUUUGCCGAGCGAAAGGGCUGACUUUGCUUGAUGUCGCGGAGGCAAUCUGGGGAGAGUUGGAAAAAGAUGACUACGAAUUAUGGUGUGUCAUGCUUUGGAGUUUUUGGACCUUUAUUUGUAAAACCAGACAUGGCAAUGGAGAGAAAACUGAGAAGCCAACAGAGCAUUCUUGUGUGGCGUUGCUGGAGGCUUUCAAAGAUGCUCAACCUUCCUAUAUUGUUGAUAGAUUCGUGGGAGUUAAGAUUGGGAAAAAGAAAUGGGAAAAACCGCAGAGAGGUCGGUUUCGAGUUGAUGUUGAUGCGCUUUUUGAUAGCCAUUGUAAUGUUUAUGGAGCUGGAGUGAUUGUCCGAAAUGCUGAUGGAAAAAUUGUUGUUGCUGCUAUGAAGAAGUUGAGGGUGAUGUCUUCGGUCAUGAUGGGGGAAUUGAUGGCAGUUGUCCAAGGAAUUAUUGUUUGUGUGGAGCAGGAUAUAACACCCUUUGAGAUUUACACGGAUUCAAUUCUUGCAGCGAGGGUGAUGGCGAACGAAGGAGAAGAGAAGCAAUUUCUUCCCGAUGACCUUUGUGAAAUUUUGCAGGUUGCAAGGGAGAAUAGUUUGAUUAGUGUGAAUCAUGUGUAUAGAGAAGCUAAUAUGGCUGCUCAUUGA